AUGAAGGACAUCGAAUACAAUCACUGGAUACUGGUUGUAUUGGACAUUAAGAGUUCCUGUGCAUCGUAUUGGGACUCCAUGUCCACUGCACGCGCAAAAAGGCACAGGAUACAUAUGCUUAGCACACUGUUGAAGAAGCUUGAUAAGUUGCUGUUGAGGACGAUGGAUGAUGUGCAUUCUGGCCGACCUGUUUUUGAAGUUUUCAAUAUAGUGCCUGCCGGAAAACUCCCGCAACAGGACAAUGGACAUGAUUGUGGUAUUUUUGUCAUGAGGUUUAUGGAGUACAUUGCAUCUGGACAAUCUCCUCCCUCGACCUAUAUAGUCGACCAUAAUGAGAGAUUCUGA